AUGGGCGUCGGGCUCUGCAUGUACGCGGCGUCCUUCACGGAUUGGGCGCGGUCAGUCACUACCCGGAAGUUGGCCAUCGGCUGGCCCAGCAAGGGGGGCCAUCUCGCCAGUUUCCAGGUCGCCAAGACCUUUCAGGCAUUGCAGAACUUGAAGACCAAGUACAGCAUUGACGAUGGCGAUGUGGACAUGCUCACACUGAAGGAACUCUUGAAUGCGGUAGCGCCCAAUUCAGCUGCCACUGGCACUGCAGCCACGCCAGUGGUGUCGGGUGCGCAGACUUCGCAGACCGCGUCGGCGCCCGCCGCGGCGAACAGCUGGAGUCUGUCAAAGCAGAUUCGAGGUGAUGCGGGCGUGUGGGCCGGGGAUCUGAACCGACUCGGAAGCGAGCUGAGCCAGGGCCUUCCCGGCAUCGAGAGCGAGCUGAGCAACGAUGUCUACUAUGCGGAGCACCUCGGCCAGUUUGGCAGCGCCCAGGCCCUCUUAAGAGUUGUCAUCAUCUUCGCGAUCAUCUACCUGCUGGUGGGCUCCUUCAUCAAGUACCAGAUGAUGGCGGCCUCAGGCAUCAACAUCAUACCCCACGUGGGAUUCUGGCUCGAUUACCCUCAGCUCGUCCUGGACGGGGUGACGUACUCCAGGAUGCUUCUAGAUGGUGCCAUGGGCAAACCCGCGCGCCGCGACUUUGAGGAGCUCACGGGAGGUCUGGAGGGCAACAUCCGAGGCGUCUCCCUGGGCCGUGGAGGAGGUGCUGGCGCCUUCGAAGCACUCUGA